AUGGCAUGGUAUUGCUCUGGCUCAACCAAUGCAGAAUUGGUUGAUAAUCUCUUCAAGGCGGGAUUGGUGAAGAAUGAAAGAGUUAAAAACGCUAUGUUGGGGGUUGACCGAGCCCAUUAUGCACCUUCGAGGCCUUACUCAGAUUCCCCACAACCUAUCGGGUAUGGUGCGACAAUCUCCGCUCCUCACAUGCACGUUCAUGCAUGCGAGUACCUCAUCGAUUUCCUCAGGCCGGGUUCACGGGUACUCGAUAUUGGCUCGGGUUCUGGAUAUCUGACCCAUGUCCUCGCAAACCUUGUUACAGAUCCCUCCAUACCUGAUGAAUUGGAUGGCCAUGUUAUUGGAAUUGACCAUAUACCAGAACUUGUUGACUUGGCUAACAAGAAUAUGCAUAAGUCGGACCAAGGGUGCAAAUUGUUAGAUACAGGAAAGGUGAAGUUUAUUACUGCUGACGGCCGUUUGGGAUGGCCAGAGGGAGCACCGUAUGAUGCUAUCCACGUUGGUGCAGCAGCAGAAAAGCUUCACCCGGUACUAAUCGCGCAACUCCAUGCCCCUGGCCGAAUGUUUAUCCCCGUUGACACGGAGUGUGACGGGAGUCCUCAUGGAUUUGGCGGCGGCCAAUAUAUUUGGGUAGUGGACAAGAGGGAGGACGGGUCAGUCCACAAAGAAAAGGUGUUCCAGGUUAGCUACGUUCCGCUGACCGACCCGCCAAAGAAGUAA